AUGAAGCUACUGUGGUUGGAUUGCGAAUGCUCUAUGGCGAGUUUUUUGCAGUGGCGGUCGUUUGAAGAGCACGAGUCUGGUGGUGACCGUGACCGUGUUGCUGAUGUUGCAGUCAGGGCCGAGCGGGUGCUGGGCCCGGAGAGUUUGGUCAAUUGGGUCUCGCUGAGCCACGUUUACUCGCUGGUCGGUGCGUACGGCGGCCCCUGUGCGGUGCUCCCGGCUAGAUCGUACUUCGUGCUGGGGACGGUCAAGGGCCAGUUGCUAAUAUUCACGUACCAGGAGUUUCUGCAGAGCGUGCUUGUCCCGCGUGUCGCAGCAGACCAUGCGGAGACUCCCCUGAGGUCUAAAGUGACCCACCUGGUGAUGUCGCAGGAUGGUACUCAUAUAGCAGCAGGUUACGAGUCCGGGGACAUCUUUCUAUGGAAUUUGAACGCGGGGGCCCGAACCGCAGUACAGAACACAAUCGACCCACUCGACGCUAUACUCCACGUGACAGAUCAUGUUGGGAGGUCUCUGUGCAUGGUCAGUUUCCUAGAGGGGAGACAUACUGGGCUGGUCGUCGCAGACGUUUUGGGGAAUGUCGUCUUCCACAACGGUCACAGGACAGGGCUGUGGAACCUGACGUACAGCUCCAAAAGACUGAUGCAUAUCCCGCCAGACGAAGUAAUCCUCUCCGCGGAGGCGUCACCGGACGGUAACACGCUGGCAUUGCUCUCCAAUAGCAAGUUUGCCCUUUUGCAAGUGGCUCCGAAAUUGAAAGUUUUGUAUGAGGAGCCCCUCCAGUCGAAACUGACCGUGACCGCAUCUGUACCUCAAAGUUGUCUCAACUGGGACGGAUUCAACGUCACAUACAGUAUUGGGAAACGCAUCGUCGUGUACCUCAACAUCCUGGGGAGAAACACGACAAAACUGACGUCAUCGUUUGACGAACUAAUCCUGGGCCUCUACUGGAUGGCCAGCGGAUUAGUUGGAGUCCUGACAGUGUCGCACCAAUUCCUCGUUGUGUGCCCCGCUGAAGAUUUCAAAAUCGCACUCAACAUCGACCUCUUGGUCCAUGACCUGAUCGUGCCCCCAAACAAGCAUUUCCAGUGGUAUGACAACAAGAUGUACCUCCUGACAAAUUACUGCUUCAAGGUCGGGAACUUCGUCUCAUGGUCGACACCCAUACUCAGAAACGUUCAACGCGGGCAGUACAUUGACGCGCUGGAAUUACUCGACCAGUUCGCGCAACAAUAUUUCCCCUUGGCGCCACUCCUUAGCUUAGAAGAGGACUUGUCCCAAAGGAGAAGACAACUGCGGGAACCCUUCCAAAACCUCACGUUUGCCGCUUUGAAGUUUUUACUCAACAACAACAAGGUUGAAUCCGUCGAGGACUUACUGAACCUGGCGCUCACUUUGCAAGCGAAGUGGUUCCCGGAAGAGUCCAGGGAGACAAUCUUCCAGUUCUUGGACCUUACCUGGGAGACCAUCCUGCAACAGGAAAAGGCAACGAGAGAACCCAUGCAAGCUGUGUUCUUGAAAAGCGUCCAGUCACUGGUAUCCCAGGGCGCCAUCAGUUACAUCCCUCCCAAUAUAUUCCAAGCAGUCAUCAACAGGUUUCCCGAUUCACUGGAAAUGUUUAUCUUCACUCUCGACCACAGAAGUUGGGACCACGAUUUCUUGGUCCGCAAAUGCCAAGCUAGGGAAGAUUUUGACUCGUUGAUAUACAUAUGGAACGUUUCGUUCCACGAUUAUCUAACCCCACUUUUGGAGGGACUCGUUUGGAUACGUGAGGGUCGAACGAGGGGCAGCAUAGUGUACGGCGAUGUGAAAAAUGAGCAGCCCAUGUUCCUUUUCAAGUACUUGGCAUUUAUUUACAGAGGGGAACAGUUCCCCCUGGAGAAACCUAUAGGGAGCGCUGCGGAUGUAAAGUCAAUUGAACUGCAGAUAUCGUACGUCCUCUUCAACGGUGUAGGAAUUGAAUGGCCACCCGGGAAUGGGGACAGACUGAAAACAAGAAAGAUGAGUGAUGAUGAACCACCGUUCCCUUACUUCAACCUACUACUGGACUUCGAUUGCACCAAAUUUCUGGCUCUACUGAAUGAGAUAAUGGAGAACUCGUUCUUCGAUGACGAGGAACAGGAGGAGCAAAACUUGGCCGCUCCUGAAAACGACAGUGUCCAUGAAUUGCGAGUUAACCGCCAAUACAUAAUGGACAUCCUACUAGACGUUUUGAAAACUAGCGGCGAUGGCCAUGGUUCUAAAAAAAUUUAUAUCUCGAUAUUCUUAUCCCACAGCACAGUGAAGUAUCCCCAGUACAUUCGAAUGGGGAAACGAGAUUUAGAGUUGAUAUUGUCGGUACUUUGUGAUGCUCAAUUUAACGCCGUGGAUCUGGAAUCCAUCAAAUUGGACGCUGAAAUUGCCAUUGAAAAUAUUCUGACCAUCUACAACCCUCAGGAUACAGACGUUUUUGCCCUAAAAUUAAGGGAGAAGAAAUUCAACAAGCCGCUGUUCUAUCUCUACUCUAAGAAUGGGAAAUAUGCGGAGCUACUGAGUAUGUAUUUUGACGAGAGUCUUGCCGAUACAGGUGCAUUGAAACCCUUCUCAGAGACAUUAAAAUUAAUACAAAAAAACAUAUUGCCCCAUUCUCCAGAAGCGCUCAUGAUAAUUGAAGUUCUCAAAAGCAACUUCCCAAACAUUUUAUUACACAAGUUACUCACCCCGAAAGAAAUAGUACUCGCAUCGCAAGAAUUUGAUCCGAACUUGCACGGUUGUAUCACAAAUUCCAAAAUCCCAGACGAAGUAAAGUUGGCAUAUUUGCAUGAACUGUAUGCCAGUACCGACGCACCAAGUGCCACAGUCGCUAACGAAUUGUCGUUGAAAAAACUGUACAUUGAUUUGUCGUGCAGAUUCAAGACCGGUCCUGCUCUUACUGAAUGGUUGAAGACUUUGAACUUCAAAAACGUGGAUACUAAUGAUAUAGUUGAAGCACUGUCUAAAUCGAAAGGGAACGAGGAAGCUUUGGCUGUUGUGUUUGAAAAGUUACACGAUUACGUUGAGGUGGUAAACUGUACCAACAAUUAUAUCAAAGGUUGGUUCAAAGGUUACGAGUCUGUUGACCUUCUGGCCAGAUUUUUGGAUUUCGGAAUGGACUCUGCAGUCUUGGCAGGUGCGGAGAGAUCGCAUUGUUGGGUGGCUCUGCUUACAUGUCUGAUAAAGCAGUUUGAACUAACAGAUGCAGAUCCGGCAAAGAGAGAUGCUUGUAAGAAGAUGCUGAGGAGGGCUUUCUUGAGAAUUGCCGUCUCAGAAAGUGACAGUGAAAAGGGAUUUUCCGACGUUUUGGCAGGUGUACUUGAACAUCAAGAAGUCAUUCUGAUGAAGGCCAACGAUUUGAAGGAAGUGCUUCUGGAAGUAUAUGUCACGUACCAUUUAGAGGAAGAAGUCUCUAAUCUGUUUUUGAAAAUAGUCGAAGAAUCCUCGGUGGAUAUCGUUGAGGAGUACGAGAAAAAACUGUGCCAAGGAUGGUCAAUCCACAGUGACGAAUGCGAUGUAUGCGGCAAGAAACUAUGGGGUGUUGGUUUGGACAAAGUCUACUUCCAACUGUGGGCAGCCAGUAGAAGAAAGGAAACUUUGCCGGAAGGUCUCUUGGUGGAUGGGAGGUUGCUGGUUUUCAAAUGCAACCAUGCAUUCCACGUUAAAUGCCUGAAGAACUUGGGCCAAAAGGACACGUUCGUGUGCUUGACAUGUAAUAAUAUUAGGAGUAAUGAUACAAUUUGA